AAAUUUAUUAAUUAUUAUCAUUGUCGCUUUUUUUCAGAUGGGGUAUGAACUGCAAUAAAGCUCGCCUAACAUACGUAAACACUGUCCCGGAAUGUAAUAAAAUGUUUGCUGAUCCCACAAAAAAUAUUAAAGAUAUGUUUUUACCGAAUGAUGAGAUAGCAUGCAUUCAUUGGGUAUCACAAAAUCAAUUUGUGGCCCAGGAUUCUACCACCAACAUCUUUAUUGCGGCGUUCACAACAACCUGGGCUAGAUUGAAACUUAACCAAGUAAUGGAUAAAUUGGGAGAGAAUGUCUUAUACCACGACACAGACUCCAUAAUUUACGCCCAAGACAGAAACAAUAAUCACCCUCUUGGGAAUUUUCUAGGAGAGUUCACGGACGAGCUGGACGGGGAUACCAUUACGACAUUUAUAUUUGGUAAGCUUUUCUCCCUUUUUUUUUCCACCUCUGAAUUUCACAAAUGUAUGUUAUUUUAUCAAAAAUUAACAUUUGUUAUUUUGGGUGGACCGAAAAAUUGUGCCUACGAUUCUGCUUCUGGAAAAACAUGUUGUAAAGCUCUAGGUUUUACAUUAAAUUUCAAAACUUCUGAAAAAUUGAAUUUCGAAUCCAUUAAGAAGAUGGUUUGCAAAACUCAGCAGUGA